UUACUUUCGACAAUUAUUUGGAGACCGCACUACAUCAGCCUGCGCUUUCAGAAUGCACGUGCAGCAGCGCUAACGUAAACAAUUAUAUGAUAUCUUUAGAGCGCGGGUUUCUAAGGCAAUUAUUUCGUUUGUUUGUUUGUUUGUUUUUUUUAGCAUUCAGGAAACUUCUUAGGAGUUUACUACUGUGCCCGGAACAGAUAACAAUGGAAGCAAUUGGUUGUCUUUGCGAGGACAGUGAAGACUGUACAACGAUAGCAAACAGAACUGACGAGUCUGAGGCAAACCUAACUGAUGGCGAUUUAAAAAGCAACAGUGAACACGACUUUCAAUCUUUAAGGACCAAGCUACGUUUAUUGGAACGUUCCCUCGAAGAGCAACGAGUUACCUGUAAUUACCUGAGGGAGGAGAGGAACGAAGCCCUUACUCUCAAUAGCCUCUUGAAACGCGAGAUCGAAGACCUCCGCAGGGAGGUACACACUGGAAGUACUCGGCCUUCUCCUGAGCCACGACAACAUGAACAAAGCAGAAACUAUAACACAGGUCCACUAGUUAAAGACGAGACCGUGGUCGCUUUUGUACUUGCUUUACCGAGGAAACUAGUGCGUGGACUGGUGAAUAGAGCGGCCUUGUUUGUAUGGUGGACAGGAGCCUGGGCCAACGAAGGUGAUGUCUUUUUGAGAGUAUAUUUGUGUGUGUUUUAUAAGCCUUGUAAGAUCCAGCCACUGCUCCCAUAUAUAUAUAUAUUUAUCUGGGGCUGGGGUUUAAGAUCGAGCAACCUUUGCAGGUUCAGCUCUGGACAAUAA